AUGCCGACAACGGCGGCAGACAGGGAGCAUCAGUUUUUGCUGGAAGAUUUUCUCAACGCCUGGCUGACGGAAAAUCCGGAGACGCUGCCGGGUAUUCGUGAGAGCAAGGCCAAAACCUUGUUCAAGGUUCCAGAUGAAGGACCUGACAGUGUGGUGCUCCACAUCCUGUGCCAGCGGUACGCCUUGUUUCCAAAGGGAACCAAGCGCAAGGUGCAGAAGGACUGGGCGGCGACGGAGGCUGCCACGAUGCGUGCUAUGGCGAUACAUGCACUGCUUUUGACCCGGCGCUCGAACGGCGGCGAUGUGGAUCAAGUCAUCGAAGACAGCCUGAACGAGGCAAUGCAGCAGGAUCCGAACUCACCGGGCAGUUCCAUGCCGGCUUCCGAAACUGAAAUGGAUGUGGAUAUGGUGGGUGACAGUGAUGCACCCGAGAACCCCGAGGACACAGCCAUAAUGCUAGACCCGGUGAAGCCCAUGACGAUUGCAAAGGACAAAGUGACCGACCCGUCACAGAUGGAGACACAGCUGCAGUAUUGGGAGAGCUGUGAGACCCCGGACAAACCGAAGAGUGAGAACAACAGGCAGGCAGACAAGGCUAUGCGGCCUCCUAUCCAAUCUGUGAAGCCCGAGCUCCCCAUCGAUUUGCUCCCCGGCCUUUCGGCACAGAUCCAGACCAACUUGUCGGAGCCGCAGGUCGACCUGGUCCAGGCUCAGCGCCAGGUGAGAGAGAAGACGAGGCUGGAAGCAGCAGCCAAAGCACUUGCCAAGGAUGCCGAAAACCAGGGAAAGCCUAAGGGCAAAGGUCGGGGAAGGGGAGGACGUGGCCGCCGGCAAGCGGCCCCAAAGGAGCAGGAGCAAAAGGAGCAGGAGCCAAAGGAGCAGGAGCCAAUGGAGCACGAGCCAAUGGAGCAGGAGCCAAAGGAGCAGGAGCCAAAGGAGCAGGAGCCAGAGAAGCAGGAGCCACAGAAGCCAAAUAAACAGGAGAAGCAAGCCCUUGCAAAAAAGCAGCCCAAGUCGAAGUCGACCCCGGAAGACAGCCCAUGGGCAGCCCAGUGGAAGGAAAAGGAGAAGGAGUUGCUGGAGGCUGGCAUACCCAUCCCUGAUACGUUUCAUGGACAGACCAAAAGCUUUACGAUUCAGCCGUGGUAUGAGAACCAGCUGUACGUUAUCAAAUCAUUUGUGCCCUACAACGGCAUCAAGAUCAACAACAAGAACGGCUCCUCCCUGGCCCAACGCAAAUACGGUGGUUGGCAGAACGCAUGGGAGUAUGCUCAAAUCGUUGCCGGUUGGAUGCCGGCAUCUCGACUAUAUCGAUAUCUAGCUAAAGACUGA